GCGGAGGAGCGCAGCAUUACGCAGAGCAUGUAGCUGAAACUACAUCUCAUCACUGCGCUGCUGAAGUUUUUACAUCUGAACAGACUUUGUCGUCUUCUUUAAGAGAACACAUUUAGAACAUUUAGAGCUGCUUUUUGACAUUCCACUAGUUUUAAGCUAAAUGACAAGUAGGCAGCAGAGCAGACGCACUCAGUGAUACUCGGUGCACGAUGGAGGGAAAUAAGGGAUUACUGCGCUGUAAAAUAGUGGUGGUCGGCGAUACGGAGUGUGGGAAGACGGCUCUCCUCCACGUUUUUGCCAAAGACUCGUACCCAGAGAAUUAUGUUCCCACCGUGUUUGAGAAUUACACAGCCAGCUUCGAGAUCGAGAAACAGAGGAUCGAGCUCAACAUGUGGGACACUUCAGGUUCAACCUACUAUGACAACGUGCGCCCGUUAGCGUAUCCCGACUCAGACGCUGUCCUCAUCUGCUUCGACAUCAGCCGUCCAGAAACACUGGACAGCGUGCUCAAAAAGUGGCAGGGGGAGACGCAGGAGUUCUGUCCAAACGCCAAAGUGGUGCUGGUUGGCUGCAAGUUGGACAUGAGGACAGACCUCAAUGUCAUGAGAGAGCUUUCCAAACACAGACUCAUCCCCGUCACCCACGAACAGGGAACUACUUUGGCGAGGCAGAUUGGCGCAGUGGCCUACACAGAGUGCACCUCGAAGUAUUCAGAGAACAGCGUCCGUGAUGUUUUCCACGUAACCACGCUUGCCUCUGUGUCCCGUAUCAAUCGACCCCAGAUGAAGCGUGCUGGCUCGCGCCUCGGACUCAAGCGGGUUUCCCAGCAGCCACCCCGGACUGAGAUUCUUGAGCAAACACCCGCCAUUAGAAAGGACCGGGUCAAAAGCUGCGUGCUCAUGUAGGACCAGAGUCUAACCAACAGACUGAAAACCAUGCCGCACAUGAACUUAAUUUAUUGGUGAAUUCUUGUCAGGUCUUUGCACUGCAUAAAGGACGAUGUGAUGAAAACAAGAAACUAUGCUAUCCUGUGGAGUUCUUUGAGGAAAUGUUUGUCCAUCUUUAGCAAAACUUUCCUUGUUAUAUUUCUCAUUGGGAUGGUCAUUGUUGUGGCAAAGCUAUUUAACGCUUAAACACGUGGACAAAUGGUCAUGGACACAAAAAGGCUGGUAAGAAAAUGAUACAAAGGAAAGAAAAAUAGUGAGUAUGGAGUUGAAAGUAAAAAAAACAAAAAAACAUAGGAAAGAUCAGCCUGCAGGAACCAGCUUUAAAAGGGAUGUUGUGAUGUUGUUUCCUGUUUUGACAAACUAUUCUCUCUUUAAGUGGCAAAGUAAAUGAAGCACAAAAUGAUGCACGCAAACUGUUCUGAGUUAUUCCUAAAUGUCAGGGAUUAACUCUGCUGUUUCACUUCAUAUGACAAGUUUAAAAUCUGGACUAAAUUAAAAUAACUUGUGGCCUGAGAUGACACAAAUGUUCUUAAACCACAAGUGCUUUAAUAUUAAAAUCUUAUUAAUCACUCACCACAUAAAACUGAAGUGUUGUGCAAUGAAUAUUGUCCUUAUUCACACUGGGAAGGAAAGUCACAAAAAGAGUACAUUGGGUGAAUGUUAUGUUGUACAUGUGAUAAUGAAAUAAAUAAAAAUGGCUCUGCUGAGCGUUGGGACAUCUUCAA